AUGCUCAACCCGGUAAAGGAGGAGAGCCAUGGGGAGGGAGGAGAUUUGCUGGCAGGUGCGGAGGAGGCCGGGGACGGGCCGUCCACUGCGGUCGCCGCGGCGCCGAGGCCGAUGGAGGGUCUGCAUGACCCUGGGCCGCCGCCAUUCCUCACCAAGACGUAUGACAUGGUCGACGACCCGCCACCGACCCGAUCGUGUCGUGUGGGCGCCACCAACAACAACUUUGGUGUGGGAUCCGACGCCGCCGCCACCGUGCUGCUGCCCAGGCACUUCAAGCACAACAACUUCUCUAGCUUCGUCCGGCAGCUCAACACCUAUGGUUUCAGGAAGGUGGAUCCUGAUCGGUGGGAAUUUGCGAAUGAGGGUUUUUUACGGGGACAGAGACGGCUCCUGAAGAACAUUAGGCGUCGAAAACCUCCUGCUCAGAACGCCACAAACCAGCAGUCCCUUGGGCCAUACCUUGAGGUGGGGCACUUUGGAUAUGAUGCAGAGAUUGACACGCUGAAGAGAGACAAGCAGUUAUUGAUGGCAGAAGUGAAUGAGAUGAGAAAGGAGCUCCAAGAUGCUAUUUCAAAGAAAAGAAGACGCCGCAUCGAUCAAGGACCUGAAGUUGAUGACUUGGGGCUGGAUUCGGUUGAAUUCCUUGUCGACGGGAUCCCAACUGAUCUUGAGAGUCCAGCUUUCGAUGGCCAAGGUCUGAUCGAGCCACAGGACAUUGAUAUUGGCAGUACCUCUGAGCAGCAGCAAGACAUGCCCCAGGAUGAUUUGAAUGACAACUUCUGGGAGCAACUGCUAAACGAAGGACUUGGUGAGGAGAACGAUAGCCCUGUUAUCGAGGAUGAUAUGAAUGUGCUGUCUGAGAAGAUGGGCUUUCUCAACUCAGAUGGCCCAACAUCCAGCUAA